AACUGUUAGCGGACAACGAAACGAUGACAUCCCAACUCCCAAAGCUGGACAUAUUAGAUGUCAAUACAUCCCUCUCUUUCACAACUCCCGCGAAGCUCAUUAACGAGACAAGUCAUGUCAGCCACUUCUUAAGAUCCAAGGCUUACCGCGACAUCUGCACCUUCAUCCUUCAACUCAAUCGCUCAGUCUGUCCAAGAAUUGCACAGGGAUCACCGGUGCCGACCCGUUUCCCACUUUCGUCGAAGCUACAGCCAUCGCCCUCUAUCGCAGCCUUGCAGUCGCUCUUAUCUGACAUUGAAUCACUCAUUGCGGAAGCCCCCCCAGUACCAGGGCCACAACGAUUUGGAAACGUUAGUUUCCGAACAUGGCACUCUUUACUUGAGCGCAAGGCUGCCGAGCUGUUGCAAACAGGGUUAUUAAAUAAUACCAUAUCGUCAGCGGUCGGUUCAGUUGCUGAAGUUAAGGCGUAUCUAUUAGGCAGCUUUGGGAGCGCCCAAAGGAUCGAUUAUGGAACCGGUCACGAAUUAAGCUUCAUCGCCUUUUUAGGUUGCUUAUGGAAGCUAGGGUUUUUUGAAGCAAGUUCGGUUGAUGGUUCAAUUGAACGGGAAAUCGUUUUGCAAGUAAUACAGCCGUAUGUGGUAUUGAUAAGAAAACUUAUCUCGACCUAUAACCUAGAACCAGCAGGAACCCAUGGUGUCUGGGGUCUUGAUGACCACUCCUUUGCACCGUAUAUCUUUGGAUCAGCCCAAUUAACGCGCCCAAUCCAUGAUGAUGAGCCCAUGCCGUUAGAAGGCUCUGUUCGAGGUGCUCCAAAACCCGGGGACAUCACUAAGGAGAUGGUUGUAGAGGACGAGCGCCAAACGAACAUGUAUUUUUCUGCCAUUGGCUUCAUUAACGACAUUAAGAAAGGGCCCUUCUGGGAGCAUAGCCCGAUGCUUUUUGACAUUUCUGGGGUAAAAGAUGGCUGGGGCAAGAUCAACAAGGGCAUGAUCAAAAUGUACAACGCUGAGGUGCUAUCGAAGUUCCCAGUGGUUCAGCACUUCCCAUUUGGACUACUCUUCUCUUGGGAUAAAGAUCCAGAGGCUCCCCAGCGUCAUCAAAUAAGUGAGAGCACGCAGGGUGUUACGCCAACUAAUACUACGGCCUAUGCUACGCCAUCUGGCACAGGGUCUUCCUGGGCGCCUACAGCGCGUAUGCAGCCACCUCCUGGUGUAGGUACUGCUGCAGGUUCUAGUAUUCGGCCAAGUGAAGGGGGCAACUUAGGAGACGGUCCAACAAAAGCACCAUGGGCCAAAUAGAAACAUUGCCUUGACGUGAACAAGAGACUAUUGCUACCUAAAAUCAACAAAACGAAAACGAAUCGGGUAUCCAGCAAUGAUUGCGCACAACUGCCAUUACAGAUCUUCUCCUACGCAACGUGAAGCAUUAUGGCCCCCUCAGACGCCGUGACAAUUAUCAUAUUUGGUGUCUAGGCAGCAACGGGGGCGGGAGCGGGAGCGGGAGCUGUAGUUUCGGGUUCAACAGCGUCAGUGGUGACAGGCUCUGCGACAGCUUUAUUUGGUUAGAUAGAUGAGCAAGCUAUGAAGUCAGAGUAGCUUACCAGGAGCAGCCUCAGCAGCGGGAGCGUCCGCAGCAACGGCAGCUUCAGGGGCAGUCUCAGUGGCGGCGGCACCCUCGGCAGGUUUUUCCUCAGACUUGCCCAAAAUCUUGUUGAGUUUGCUCUUGACGAGGUUCAAGACCUUGUUCUUCAACUCCUGAAUGUUAUCGAGAGCUGGCCAGGCUGUAUUAGCGUGUUCUUGUAUAUUUACUAAUGGGAGAUGUUUAUGUACUUACGAGAGCCACCCAUGAUGAAUAUUUGACGAUAUUGACGUGUACGAAGUUGACGAUGAAUAGUUCUUUGCUGUAGUUUUCUGACCAAAAUAUUCAGCACUUGGGUGUUAUUGUGUUUUAAGAGACAAGAGGCGACGGCUGAGGAGGCGGUAUACGUCUGGAAUGAUACGUACGACCGGCAGUUGCGGUCUUGCCCAAAACGAAACAAAACAACAAAAGGCCAAUACUAAC